CCUCUUUGACCUCAUAGUUGGGAUGGUUGUGCUGCCUCCUUACAAAUGUGUUGUUGCUCUCGGUGGAGACUGAUUCAGUGUGUUGGUUUUUCAAGCUGUACGGCAGUGGUCGACUGAGCAGUCAUUGCUCAAGAUGGAGGUCAAGAAAAAGAACUUCUUGGGGAACCUGCGUCUGAAAACUAAGCUGGUCAACCUGAAGAAGCCUGGGAGAAAGAAACUAGCCCAGCAAGGAAGAAAGCUGGCCCAUCGGCGCAGUAUUUCUGUACCAGACCUCAGGUUUGUGCCAGACGAAUCAUUUCCUGCUGACAACCCCGAUGGGUCCACUCCCUCUGAUGCCAUCUUUUUUGGCCACUCCCCUAGUCAAAGUGAUUCUGAUUCUGUUGCAAGUGGCUCGAUCGUUGAUGGACAACACAUCACAGACAAACCAUACGAUACAGUCUCAGAAAAUCGACUCAGAGUUCCCAGAGAACGCACGGGUGCUGCUGCUUUAAAAAGAAUAAGCGCACCAUCGGGGUCACAGAGUCUUUAUGAUGAAAUUGAUCAAAUGUCAUAUACAGGCUCAGAGAUCAAGCUGAAUAUUGCUCGAGAAGGCUUGUACGCUAAAGUCAACAAAGGAGCCAAGGGGAAUGCACCUAAAUUCCCCUUUGACCCUAUUCCUCAACCAAAAUCUCCUUUCCCAAAGGCACUUUCACCAAGACCAGACCUGGUAGAGAGAGAGAGUGUCUCUGGUGAAGACGCCAUAGCAGACAGAUGGCCGGCAAGUGCUGUCGCUGCAGUUUUGGCCAGAGCAAGCUCAAUGGGAGACCAAAUUAACCCUUACAAAGAUAAGAGGCCCGGAUCAGUUGAGUAUAAAAAGUCCUCCUCUGAGAAAGGAACUCCGCCACAAACCAGAGUAGCUCGUGCGGAUACAAUGUCUCUGAUGUUAGAUACUCUGGGUACUCCUUUGGAGAGGUCAGAUGGAACCUCUCAGGGCUCUACCUGUGGCUCUCCCAAUGACGAACAAGGCAAUAUGCCCUGGACAACAGAUUCGGAUGACCUGGACCGAGAACUUUGCUCUCCCUUUCUGAUGGGAGACUUCACCAACGAAGAGAUUCUGCUAGAAGAAAUCCGAAAUGAGGAGGCCCUGGAAGAAACCGCAGAGAUGUCCAGUGAAACAUGCGAUUUAUUUGACGAAAACAUGCAAGAUAUUCUGGAAAGCUCUUCUGUUGCAACUGGGGGGACGGACAUCCAGGGACCCCUACCGUGCCAGCGAUACCUCCUGAGCAUCAACCUGAAGCAGGGAAGGAACCUGGUCGCCCGAGCCAAACGGUCUGGGACCAGUGAUCCUUAUGUGAAGUUCAAACUUGAAGGAAAACAGUUUUGUAAAAGCAAAGUGGUUUACAAAAGCCUAAAUCCGCGGUGGAAUGAGACCUUCUUCCACGCUCUUCGAGACAGAGAGCAUGACGUGGAAGUUCGGGUCUAUGAUAAAAAUAGAACUGCUGAUGAGUUCAUGGGUUCCAGCACUAUUUCCUUGAAAAGUCUUGAAUUGUACAAAACAUAUGAAAUGGAGUUGCGUCUUGAUGAUCCAAAAAGUAAAGAAGAUGACAUGGGAGUUAUUAUUGUUGACGUCUGCUUGAUGUUUAGAGAUGCCACGAUCAAAAGAAGCCCAAGAUGGCCACCGAAGAAGAAUAAGCAGAACCCGGCCCCACCAACCCAGCGGCCGAGUGAGACGCAGAGAAAUCCGCUGAAGAACCAGAAGUGGACAGGAGUGCUCGGUGUCACCUUGGUGGAGGGACUGGACCUGCCGCAGUAUGGCGAAGGGGACAUCUACGUCCGCUUUCGCCUUGGUGAUCAGAAGUACAAAAGCAAGAACCUCUGCGUUCAGGCCAAUCCCCAGUGGAGAGAGCAGUUUGACUUCAAUCAGUUUGAAGAUAACCAGGAACCUCUGCAGGUGGAGGUUUACUCAAAGAGAGGGAGGAAGGGUGAGGAAUCAUGGGGGAUGUUUGAGAUUGCCCUAUCGAGACUUCCACUUAAUGAGAGGCAGCUCUACACUCAUGUGCUGGACCCAGGAAAGGGCACGCUGGUGUUUCUGGUCACCCUGAGACCCUGCUGGGGAGUCUCCAUCUCUGACAUUGAAACAGCUACCUUGGAGAGCCCUGAUGAGAGAGACACAGUAGAGGAAAAAUUCAGCCUUAAGAACACACACAAGUGUGUGGGAGAGGUUGGUUUCCUUCAGGUCAAAGUCGUAAAGGCAAAUGAUCUUCCUGCCACAGACCUCAAUGGCAAAAGCAACCCUUUUUGUGUUGUUGAGCUCAGAAACAGCAAACUUCAAACUCACACAUUCUACAAGACCGUCAAUCCAGAGUGGAACAAAGCCUUAACAUUCCCAAUAAAGGACAUUCACGAUGUGAUAGAGUUGACUCUCCUCGAUGAAAAUGGAGACAAAGCCCCAAACUUUUUGGGGAAAGUAGACAUUCCAUUACUGACCGUUCAAAAUGGGCAGCAGAUAUGUCUGUUGUUGAAGAAAGAAGACUUGGGAAGUGCAUCAAAGGGAACAAUCACACUGGUGCUGGAUGUUAUCUACAACAAAGUCCGAGCUGGUAUCAAAACCUUUAAACCAGAGGAGACAAAACUAAUGGAGGAAAACCAGAAAUUCUCCAAAAAGGUUCUUGCCCGGAAUAUAUAUCGGGUUCGAAAUAUCAGCACAGCAGUUCUGUACACGUUACAGUACAUUAAAAGCUGUUUUCAAUGGGAGAGCACGCAACGGAGUCUAAUAGCCUUUCUGAUCUUCCUUGUGACGGUGUGGCACUGGGAGCUUUUCAUGCUGCCCCUCUUCCUGCUGCUGCUCAUUGGCUGGCACUACUUCCAGAUCUCUGCAGGGAAGGCCAGCUCCAACCAGGACCUGGUGAACAUGAGCAUGGGUGACGAAGAAGAGGAAGACGAGAAGGAAUCUGGGAAGAAAGGUUUGAUGGAUAAGAUACAUAUGGUGCAGGAAGUAGUGCUGGUUGUCCAGAACGUUUUGGAGGAAAUCGCAAACAUCGGAGAGAGAAUCAAGAACAUAUUCAACUGGUCUGUCCCAUUCCUGUCGUGCAUGGCCUUCCUGAUGCUGUUUGUGACAACAGCACUGUUGUAUUAUAUCCCUUUUCGAUAUAUCGUGCUGAUAUGGGGCGUUAAUAAAUUUACCAAGAGGCUGCGCAACCCACAUACUAUUGACAAUAAUGAAAUACUGGAUUUCCUCAAGAGGGUGCCUUCUGAUGUUCAAAAGGUGCAGCACAGCGCGAUCAGAGCGCCCACCAGCCAGAACCAGCCGCGGAAGAAAAGGUAAGCUUGGCGGACACGCUGGAUGAAAGGCUGCUCUUCUUUUUGAAUACGGUACAACGCGGCCCACCUGACAACAAUGCCUCAGUGCCAGCAGAGCCUGAGCCCCUCCCCCCCCCCACACCACCCUAACUCUGCCCCCUGCUGCUGAGGGGCAGCCGGCCGCUCUCUGGCUUGUGUGUUUGCCACCCCCCUGACAGAGGCUGUGAACUGCAGCAGCGAGGAGGCCAGCACAUGGCACUGUCAAUCACGAGCCUGGAGGUAAAGAAAAGAGAGCGCUGCGAGGCUGAGCCUUCAUCUUCGGAUAUCAUUUAGAAAAGGAAUGAAAAGCGUCGGGCUCGGCUUACCUUAGACCUCCACUGUUUUUUUUGGGACUUUGGUGAAACUAAGAAAUAUGCCUUCAGGUUAAGUUAAUACAGGCCUAGCAGUUUAUCAAAAACAAUCCAUGGAUCUUUUUUUCUUUAACCAUGUUAAUAUAAUUAAAGGACAUUUUGCAAUAGAUUUUUUGAAUAAUCAUCAAAAUAAUAUGUUUAGUUGCACAUUAAAAAUAUUAGGACAGAGUACUGAAUUUAUUUUUGUGGAAUGGAUUUCCUGUAUAUAAUAUAUUGCUUUCUUAAUUCUCUCUUUGAACCAAAUAUAUAUUUAUGUACUGCAAGUGUAUUAUUACCAGCUUCCUUUAUGUGUAUAUAUUUUUACUGAGUAUAUGUCUGCAUCAUCAAAUGGAGAAUUAGCAGAAAUGCUGAAUAAAGAGUGUGAUCAGUUUUG